ACACACAGUGACACACACAGUGACAGAGACCCACAGACGCGGUGAGAGGCGAUGCUGGUGGUCGGGUCGCGGAUGUGAAGACCCUCUCACCAGGAGCAGCACUAUGAGGGCCCAAAUAGAAGUCAUUCCUUGCAAAAUCUGUGGAGACAAGUCCUCAGGGAUCCACUAUGGAGUCAUCACUUGUGAAGGUUGCAAAGGUUUCUUCAGGAGGAGUCAGCAGAACAACGCCAGCUACUCCUGCCCCAGGCAACGCAACUGCCUGAUCGACCGCACCAACCGCAAUCGCUGCCAGUACUGCCGGCUGCAGAAGUGCCUGACCCUCGGCAUGUCCCGCGAUGCCGUCAAGUUUGGCCGCAUGUCUAAGAAGCAGAGGGACAGCCUGUACGCGGAGGUGCAGAGACACCAGCAACACCAGGAGCAGCUGAGCAGCCAGGAGGCUCCUGAGGCCCUGACCAGAGUCUACAGUAACAGUGUGAGCAGUGGCUUAGCCGACCUGGACGAGAUCAGCAGCUUCUCGGACGGGCUGCUCUUUGACUUUCCCCUGACCCCCGACGGGAGCAGCAGCUUCUAUAACUUUGACCUCCCGGCCUCCGCCCAGACCUCCCCUGACCAGUCGGGCACUGACGGCAAUGGCCUGAAGCACAUAAAGCAGGAAUCCGUCUACGAGAUCACUCUGCAGCCCAGCUUCUGCUCCUAUGAUAACAGUCAGCUGUCGGCCACCUCUGGUGUGUCUAUGCUGGAGAUCGACCGAGUGGCACAGAAUGUGGUGGAGUCGCAUUUGGAGACCUGUCAGUACACCACAGACGAGCUGAAGCAGCUCGCCUGGCAGCCCUACUCACAGGAGGAGAUCAGGAUCUUUCAGAAUAAGUCGUGUGAGGCCAUGUGGCAGCUGUGUGCCAGCCAGGUCACCAACGCAAUCCAGUAUGUGGUGGAGUUCGCUAAACGGAUCAAUGGGUUCAUGGAGCUGUGUCAGAACGACCAGAUCAUUCUCCUCAAAGCAGGCUGCCUGGAGGUCCUGUUGGUCCGGAUGUGCCGAGCGUAUAAUCCUCUGAACAACACCCUGUUUUUUGAAGGGAAGUACGGAGGUGCUCAGAUCUUCAAAUCACUGGGCUGUGAUGACCUGACCAUCGCCAUCUUUGACUUGGCCAAGAGCUUGUGUCGUCUCCAGCUAACGGAAGAAGAGAUUGCGUUGUUCACAGCCGGUGUUUUACUCUCACCAGACCGAGCCUGGCUGACGGAGGCCAGGAAGGUGAAGAAGCUUCAGGACAAGGUGUACCUGGCCCUGCAGCAGGUUAUCCACAAAACCCACCUGGACGAGGACAAGUUGUCAAAGCUGGUGUCCAAGCUCUCGAUGUUAAAGUCUGUCUGCAACCUCCACAUGGACAAGUUACAGCUUUUCAAGUUGCUCCAUCCAGAGACAGUGCACAACUUUCCCCCACUGUACAGGGAGGUGUUCAGCACAGAGACGCAGUACACAGACUCCAGCCACACCUGAGCCACCGAGCGAAGCCAACGUGAGAGAGUGCGGGUUUGACACUGCAUCAUCGAGCUGCGGUAGUGCUGGACUGAAUGUGCUGCACACUCUCAUGGUCUCAUCACCGUCACAGUCAAAAGAAUGUAAAUACUCGGACUCUUGUAAGUAAAUCCUCGGACUCUUGACUCCGCGCCGAGCCCACCCUAACGGGGGAUUGGAAUACCUUGGCUCGAUUGGGAUUCAGUCACGUUGAGGACAGGACAGGGAAAACUAACCAUCGCGCUGGUGCAGCUCGUCAACAUGAAAUGUUCAUCUUGUGGGCGGGUGAGGGGGCAUGGGGGCCACUGGGCACUGACGAGAAUGGGCACUGGUUCUCGUCAUUGUCUAAUACGAGAGACUGACCCAUCCUCCACCCCAUUGAAGAACUGUCUCUCUGUGCGUUUACCAUUUUUUUUAAAACAUAGGAAAUCCACCCUCUGCAUUUCUCAAUCGCUGUAAGGUAACAGGAACGGAAAAUUUCAUCACGCAAUGACAAUGAUUCACACAUCUCGCUGUUUAUGCAUAGCACCACAUGGCGCUACAAACAUGCUUGAACAUACGUAAAAUAGUCGCAAAGAACAUGUGGUUUGGAUGUUUGACUUGCAGAGAGGACAACAUCCUGUGUGUGUGGCUGGCAACAUCUGAUGGGAAUGCAUUAGGCUGUCGAUCUCAAUCUCAAAUGCUCUCAGUCAAGUAUAACUGGAGGCAGUGAGCUCAGAACUUCAUGUGAUUCAGAAAGCGAGUGACCUGAUUGUUUCCCUGGAGGCUGUGGCCUGCUACUCAAACACAAUAGCAAUCGGUCCGCUCAGCUCUCUAUUAAAAUGGCCCAGAGACACAUUAGCAACGUCUGAAUGGGCUUCAGUGACUGUCUGGGGAAAUGGUCAGGUAACUUGGUCAGUGAGUCAUUCCAGCCAGGAAGGUGGCAGACUCCAGCCCUGGUCCAAAUGACUGGCUGAUCGUGGUCAGGGCAGUGCUGGGGUUAUUGUACACAAACCCACCCUGAGCGAGAGCAAAGGGGGGGAAAGUUAUUAGCUGAAUUUGUUGUGUUUUACGCCUUUCCAUUAGCCUGUGGGGCUGAGGAGAGGGAGAUGGGAGGGAGCAGUUCUUUCAGGAGAGGCUUGUGAAACAAAACAUUCCCAAGACAAUCUCUCUGCACAGCGCUUUACCAGCAACCGACAGCCUGAAGGCCAGUGUAGCCUUUCAAGAGGGUGGAACAACACAAUCUGAAAUAUUCCUCUUUCCUCUUUCCUGCUAUGUGAAGGAUAGCUGGAAGCAUAUUGCCGCUGAGUCAGCUCUUUGAAUUCCAGGUUUAACCACUUUCUAAAUAAUAAUAAAUAUAUAAAAAGAUAUAUAAACUUGACAUUUAUAGAUAUCAUUCAUUUGGAGGCUGGCCCUUUGCUGUCUCAUCCCUCGUCUUUGUUGAUUUUGUGUGGGGGGAGUGGGGGUUGGUGCGGAGGUCAGAGAGCUCUCCCCACUCCCGUACCCUAUGUCUCAGUUUGUGUCAUGGAUCUUCGUGUCUAGCAACACUUUUUUGGGGGAAAAAAAAUUUGAAAAAAACUUACACUGUGUGUAUUCUUCUUGUGAAUGUAAUGAGCAUCCAAAAAGAGCUUAAAAAGCAAACACUGAACUUUUUGUUGCUCAUUUCAUACGAUGGAAAUUACAUUUCCGGGUACGUUUAAUUUUGGAAAGGAUAUUGGUUAAGUUGUUUAUCAUUUUGUCAUAGUUAUAUUUUUUGUUUGUCUUGUAUAACUGUCAUUCUUUUUUUUAAGAGGGAACAAAGUACCUAUUGUAUAAAUGCAGAGCAAGAUCAGAAAAGAUUUUUUUUAUAAACUCCUUGUCUGGAUUUCAAAUGACCCAAAAAAUCUUAUUUUAAUAUAUUGUCAAUUUAAUGGAAGGUUGAGUUAAGUGACAUAAUGAAUGAAUAUAGAUGUAUUAUUGUAAAGGAUGUGUAUAUGAACCACAAAAUAAAAUUAUAUAUUAUGAAGA